AUGACGCUCUACUACAGUCUUGUCUUCGCCCUUCUCGUCUUCGAGAUGGUCGUCUUCAUGUCGCUGAUUGUCCCCAUGCCAUUCAGCUGGAAGCGCAAGCUCCUGACCUUCAUCUCCGAGAGUCCUGUCAUAGCAAAGCUGCAGUACUGGAUAAAGGUAUCGUGCUCCACAUCUUCCAGCUCGCCUGUAGCUCCAAUGCUCACCCUGCCAUCAGNNAUCACCUUUGUCUUCAUCCUGAUCCUGUUCGUUGACAGUGUCAACCGCGUCUACCGCGUCCAGCUUGAGCUUGCCAAAGCCAACAACGCGAACAACGGCGCCGNNGGUAAGCUUUGUUUCCCCUCUCCUAACCUCGAGUUCGUUUCGCUAACCUGCUCAAUCAGUGCUGCUGCCGUUGGUGGUAUCGAACGCAUGGAGAUCCAGGCUCGCAAGUUCUACUCGCAACGCAACAUGUACCUCUGUGGCUUCACCCUCUUCCUCUCUCUGAUCCUCAACCGCACCUACACCAUGAUCCUUGACGUCCUCCGCCUCGAGCUUGAGAACAGACAGCUGAAGGGCACCGACAAAACCAAGGAUGGCAAGCUCAACGAGGUCAGCAGCAUUGGCGAGGUUGGCCGUCUGAAGAAGGAGCUUGCUGCCAAGGACCGUGACAUCGAGACUCUCAAGAAGCAGGCCCAGGGUCUUUCUACCGAGUACAACCGUCUUGGUGACCAGGUCUCUGGCAACUCCGACAGCACCCCCAAGAAGGACCGAUAA